AUGGUUGGGUCGCCCUUCUCAAGCGGAUCUGCUCCAUCGCGGUCCUUCUUCGUUCUUCUCUGUUGCUUCUAUUUCUCGACUACGACGGUGGCAGAUAUCUAUGGAGGGAGUCGGCAAGUAGGCUCGAUUGUUAGAGCUGAAAACUCCGGAGGAGGAAGACGAUCUGAAAACCUUUGCAUCUGCGACCUCCUCUCAGAUCUUUCCGAAUCAAAGCACUCCUCCUUCAUAUUUCCCAUCUUUGUUCAAGAUUUCGUUAAUCGCUCUUGGCAAGUCCGGGCCCAAUUCCGGCAACGAGUUUGGCAAGAGCAGAUCGAGGCAGGAGCAGACAAAUACCCGGCGCCGUAUCCAAAUUCAGCGACGACUUUGGUUGGAGCAGACAAACCAGACUGCAGCGAUUUCUGGGCUCGCGUCGGGAGGGGAGAGGGUGAAAGGAAGAGGGGCUCGGGAGACGAUGAUGCCGGAAGUUGUGGUGGUGGUGGAGUCGAAGAAUCGUCCGCCAGGCAGGGUGCCGUCGCGGAGUACUUCUCCUACCCCGAAAGCGGUUCCCUACCUCAAUCCCCAUCUCUCUUUGUUUUGCUGGUGGAAGAAGAACCUGAAAAAGAAGAACACGGAGAAGGAGAAGGAAAUGAAGACGCUCUGAUCUCAUCCCCGUGGGGUCAAGCUUCGGUGGAGAUACAGACAGCUGCAAGUGAAGAAGCCUCAAAGGAUGGUGUUGGCGCUGAACAUUUCCUCUUACAUGAUUUUCGGUCAUUUACCAGCCCCACUUACCACCUGUUGUGGCUUGCCUUGGACAUUGAAGAUGAGCAGAGGCAAACUUCAAUGGAACACCAACUGUUUGACUCUUUCCUGACAAGUGGUGCCAGAUUCCCCACAUACAUAUUUGACCCUACUUUCCUCCAUUUCCCUCUACUGUUCUUUCCUUGCCUCAAUAUGAUCACCUGCAACUUCGAUAUUUCGAUUCCUUCCCUCCAGUCUCUUUGCCACCUUAAUGCGGAAGCAGCUGGACUUCCUCAUCUGAAUCCUUUCCUCGAUAAAAAGCUCGACCACUCCAAGGGGGCAAAUUUUGCCGUCGCUGGAGUAGGUGUGUUGUCGAAGGAACUCCGAGCAAAAUGGAACAUCACCCUACCCUAUUCCCAGAGGAGCGUUGAUGUGCAAUUCCAAUGGCUAGAACAACUCAUGGACCUCCACAAAUUCAAAGAUGAAAAUGCUCGCCGGAAUCAUCUCAAAACAUCCCUUUUCCUACUCGGAGGUGGUAUCAAUGACUACAACAACAUGAAAGGAGGGAACUACUCUCGCCUUCCUUUCGUCGAACAGAAGAUUGCUGUGAUGCCCGAUAUCAUGGCUGCAAUCAAUACCUAUGUGAAGAAGCUAAUCGUCGGUUACGGAGCCACCAAAGUGGUUGUGUUCGGGAUCUAUCAAGGCGGCAAUGACCAUAACGCCACCAACUAUUUCCACGCACUGCACAAUCAGCGCCUCCAGGACGAGCUUCAGAAGCUGCGGGAGGAGUUUCCUCAUGUGCGCCUGGUGUAUGGCGACCUCUGGGGUGCGGUGCAGUCUUUGCUAGACAACUACAGUACGCUAGGAUACAAGCAUCCCAUCAACGAAAUUUGCUGCGGUGACUGGACGGUGUAUUGUGCAUCAUCCCCAAGCGUCUCGUAUUGUCGAAACCCUAACGAGUAUUGGUUUUGGGAUUCAAUGAUGCACUUCACCAGCUUUACCCACCGCUUGCUGUCAGCCAAGAUUAUCCCACAGAUAUCUGCCGCUCUGGGUUGUGGUAAAAUGUAAUUGGCGAUUAACUAAAGCCUAACUUUUAGUGACCAAAUUGGAAAAUGACAUCCUCAUGCAUGAAAGCUCAACUAGUACUAUACAUGAUU